AUGAUGUUUAAAUGUGUAAAUAAUUUAGUUCCUGAAUAUCUGGCUAACAUGUUUGUCCCACGAUCUCAUAUUCAUAGUAGGGUAACAAGAUCAUGUAAUCUGCUCCAUAUCCCACGAUGCCGCCUGUCCUCUGGGCAACAUGCAUUCACAUAUCGCGGAUGCAAAUUGUGGAAUAACCUCCCAAAUGACUUAAAAGCAGCUGAGAAUGUAAAGGCCUUUAGGCUCCGCCUACCGAAUGUGCUCCUCAUUGGAAAUGUCACACACAGAUGAAUCAUUUCAAUCUUCUAUUCUUGUCUAAUUUUUGUUUUAGUUCACUAGUGUUUUUAACGUAUACUGGCCUUUUGUAUUUAUAUUGUACUAGCCUUAGUUUUCACUUAUAUAUAUUUUUAGGCCAAUACAAUGUUACUAUAAUAUUACAAUAAUUUUAAUGUAGGUUUUGUAACUGAAAAACCCAGCUUGGGAGUUGCAAUAAACGUAUGUAUGUAUGUAUAUAUAUAUAUAUGAUGUAUGUAUGUAUGUAUGUCUGUGUAUGUAUGUAUGUAUAUCAUGGGAUGAAAUGAUGUGCUUUUUUUGUAGAGGUGGCCUGAGCAACAAGUUAUACAUUUGUUCCCUCCCCGAAAGUUAUGGAGUUGGGAAAGAAGAGAGGAGAAAAGUUGUCCUGCGCAUCUAUGGUCCGCUGUACGAUGAACUUGUCACAAAUAUUGGUUGCCUAAUUGCAGAUUCUGUUGUUUUUGCCUUGCUUUCAGAAUGGAAUAUUGGACCAAAGCUUUUUGCUAUAUUUCCUGAGGGUAGAUUGGAGGAAUUACUUGUGGUUAGUGUUAAAAUAGAUAGCUUAUCUAUAGAGCAAGAAAUUUAUGUGGUGGGGCAGUUUUGACAAUCACAUGGCUAGAUAAUAGACCUAUAAAGCAGCAUGAAGUAAUAUGCAGAUGAUAGAUUGUAGACAGUAGAUGAUAGAGGAUAGAGGAUAGACGAUAGACGAUAGACGAUAGACGAUAGACGAUAGACGAUAGACGAUAGACGAUAGAUGAUAGAUGAUAGACAAUAGUCGAUAGUCAAUAGAAGAUAGAAGAUAUACAAUAGCUGAUGGACAAUGGAUGAUAGACAGGAGACAGUAGACAAUAGACGGUAGAUGGUAGAUGAUAGAUGAGAGAUUUUGUGAUGGAACAUGAUCAGAAACUCAAAAUGUCAAGCAAUCAUGCGAAUGUCACACGAAAUCUUUCUUUUCCAGGAUGUUCUGUUACUGCAAUCAACUUUUAAUGAGCAGUUGCUCAUAGGGAAUGACAGGGUUACUGCAUAAUAUGAGUUGACAGCUUUAUGUAGUUUCCACAGAAUAGGGGUAUAAUGAAAAACAGUAUAAAACGCUAUUUUUUGCCAUGAUGGGCCACGUAACGUAGGAAAACUGGCUUUUCAGAAUACUUCUAGCAACAAGGCAAGUACAUGUAUUAAAUGCACAUCAAAUGUAUUUUAUACAAAUCUUCAUCACUUUGUACAUCUACUGUCUAUCACCUGUGUCUUAAUACAAGCCUACGACUUGUUUACCCAUUUCAGGUCUCAAGAGAAUUCCCAGAUUUAUCUUUUGUAAAUUAUGCACACAUAUUAAGUAGGUGAAUAAAAAGAAUUUGGAAAGAAACAUAUCUCUAGAUAGGGCCUUAUUACAUGAUCUGAAAAUGGUAAACCAAAUAUACAAUCUAAAUAGGCUCAUUCUAUAUACUGCUAAAGGUUAAGUUUCAUUUUUUAUGGAUUUUGGGAGCAUAUGUGGCUGCUUUGUUGUACAAAUUAUAAAAAGACCAAAUUUAUUCCAUGAUGUUUUGAAGUUGGAGGAAAAAUAUAAAUUAAUUUUGUGAGAAAGAAGGAGUUCCUUGAGAAAGAGAGAGUUCUCAUGUUUAAAAAAAAAGGCAGUAAAUUUUGCAGAAAGAGAUAAAUAAUUAUCCCAAAUACUCAAGAAUUUUAUUUGUAGAGGCUGGCUGUAAUUGAUGGGGUCAGAAUUUCUUAGAUAACAGUAGUGUAUUAUGGUCAGUGGUUUGUAUUUUAAUUCUUUUUUACUUGAGCUCAUCCAUCUUAGGUAGGAUUAUUGAAACAGUCAAGAACCACAAACCAGUUUAAGACACUGGGAAAAGAAAGUCAGUGGAGGAUUAUAUUGUAUUCAGAUAAUUUUUUUUAUGUACAUAGGCAAAAAGUCUUGCAAGAGAGGAUCUGGCAAAACCUGAAUUGUCAGUGAGAAUUGCACAGAAAACUGCAGAGUAUCAUCGAUUACAACUACCCCUCCGCAAGGAUCCAGAUUAUUUAUGGAACACAAUAUCUGAGUAAGAAUUUUGCUUUGCAUCAAAAUCAACAGUUUUUUUUAAUUUACAUUUAUUUAUGGUUAACCCUUUACUCCUUAAUAUCAUUAAUCAUAUUCUCUAUACUGUAUUCUAUACAUUUCCUAAGGUGCUGACAAGGAGAAUAUCAAUAGCUUCUUUAGUCGGUGAUCAUUUCCUCUAUUGUUAUGACCUUUAGUUAAUGUGUUUCAGGGUUGAUAUUGUUAGGAGACAUUAGGUGUUAGUCACUUGAGGGGUCAGAGGGUUAAGGUAUUUGCAGCAAGACUUCUGUUGGUUUCAUGUACUUAUUUCAAGAGAAUUAACUGGAGUUUGUUUGUAAUUUGGCAGAUGGAGCAAAGAAGCUUUGCAAACACAUUUUAAUGAACAAGAUAAAGCUGUGAAGUUGGCCAAACUCAAAAGUAUAGAUUUAAAAAAAGAAUAUGAUUUUUUAAGGUAACAAGUUACAUAAUUACUUACUUAAAGAUAUUCUAGAGCCCCACAUUUUUUAUGAGGAAGGUCAAAUAAAGUUAGCAGAACAGAAAUACCUCUCAGCUGCCUUGACACUAUCAUCUUCAAGCUGACAAACUGUGUUGGAAAACAGAGACAGACAUCCAAUUGACAAACAUCCUAGUGCUCCUGUUCCACUUUUUUCCACUUUGAGACAUGAAAUUGUUCAUCCAUAAUUGGAUAGUGGAGGGAAAGGGCAACAAAAAAAAAAAAGGUCGAAAAUUAAUAAUCUAACAUCACUUAGGGCUUUUUUACCACCAUCCCUUCAAUUUUUUACAGUACUACUGUUAAUAAAAUAACUAAGAUACUUAGCACAUGCACUCUGAUUACUACAUCUGCUAAAGCUCUGGAUGAGUGAAGCAUUGAAAAGUUAUUUUAUAAGGACAAUAGACUGUUGUAAAUCUAUUAUUCCAAUUUCAUUUUGAUAGUUGUUGUGAUAUCUUCCAGAAACUAUUUAGAAAUGGCAACUUCACCAGGACCAGUUACAUUUUGCCAUAAUGAUCUCCAACAAGGUAAAUAUAUUUGGUAAUAACCUACAACAGGAAAAACAAAAUAAAAGGUGAAUGUGAAAGGGAAGCAGUCCAUAAGCAUAGAGUUGGUAGAGCUUGUGAAUCCCUCACCCUGCCCCCUCUCCUCACUCAGUUCUACCCCACCUUAGACAAACUUGCCUCAUUGAUUCAUUCCUCAUCCAAAACCACAGCCAGUUUGUAGGCUUACAAAACUGAAAACAUUUCUAUUUUUUCAUCCUCUUUUCUUCUCCUCAUCUUCAUGACUUUUUUCUUUUUCACCUCCCAUAGUUCAUAUUGUAUUUUGUUUUGUAUUUUCAGUUCAUAUAUAUUCCAUAGUGUUUGACUGGAGUCUGCUUAUUUAUUUAGGCAAUAUUUUGAGAGUCUCCAAAGAACUGCAAGAAAAUAAUGAAGAAGAUUUUGACUUAAAGCUGAUAGACUUUGAAUUUAGUGCCUACAAUUACAGGUAAAUAUCUCCAUACGCAAUAUACAAGCCCUUUGGGAAGGCUAUUCUAGAAGUCAUUUUAAGUGCUCAACAGUAACAUUUAAUUGAUAUGAUGUCCCACCUCUCAUAACAAACUUCUAGGAAUUAUAUUUGUACCUAAGACUAACAUGACUCAACAACCUUACCUGAACAGCUGAACCAUCCUUCAGCGUAUAAGCUGCAGCCUUUAUAUAUUAAUUAUCCCCAAACCCUCCCCACCCACCCCAUAGAUAAUGCCAUCAGGUGUUAAAUGUUUAUAACCUCUUAACCUCAAAGUCAAUUAAUUUCUGAGAUUGGUAUUAUUCCUUUCAAUCAAAGAUUUCAAAAGUAUUUCUCAUGAACAAAGCCAGACCAUACAACAUUUUUUGUACAGUCCUGAGAAUGGAGUUUUUGUCCCAAGAUGAUGAUUUGUGAGAUUCUCAUUACUUGUUUACAAGCAGAUUCUGCAAAAUGAAAGAAGAUUGUACAAAUUUAACACUUUGAGUAUCAGCUGGUUAUCUUUCUGUUUUUAUUUCAGGGCUUUUGACUUAGCAAACCAUUUUUGUGAGUGGAUGUUUGACUACUCUGUUCCUCCUCCACAAUACUUUUCCAUGUCUCUUAAAAGUUGGCCCAGUAAAGAACAACAGGUGAAUUGGCUGCAAACCUUUAUUUGGUGCUGAUACCAACUUUGCUAGGUUCUGUUGGUUCUCAGAGACUUUUCUUGUUUUCUGAGAGGAAAUUGGAGACUGAGGUGUUACUGAGGCCCCUUGUUCCUGUCUCUUUGUCUAUUCUUAAAAUCACCCAGGGGCCAGCAGAACAAUUUAAUUCAAGCAGAGUAUGGAAACUGAUUCCACUUUAAAGAGAUACCUUUAAUUCACUGGCAAAGUCUAAGCGUAAAUGCCUCUUUCACCAUUUAGACAAAAGUGGCUACAGCUGUUUCCAGGAUUUCACAAAAACCCCCAUCCUCCUCCCCUCCCCCCUUCCCAUCAAGGCAGGUGCAGUGUGACAUGAAUUCCUCAAAAUUUGCAAGGGCGACUUCACAAAUACAGCAGUGGACUUGAGCCAAAGAGAACACUGCUGAUUAUUUGUCUCACGUGUAUAUCUUAUCAGUCAUGAUAUUUUAGCUUUGCCUCAUUUCCAACCCUCACGUGAAUGUCCUUUAUGUUUGAAAAUGUGGUGAAAAGCUUGUGGUUGUUUAUCAAAGUGAAGUACAGUGAUUAUGAAGCACUAUUGCUUUUCUCACGACUAUGUUAUUUCCGACCUUGUAUGAGAUGGUUUGAAUGUUUACUGCGAGUCUUCUCGGUAUGCUUGGUGUAGCAAAAUUUGCUAUACCAAGAUAAUGUGACCACUAAUUUUUGCAGAAGCAAUUAAGAUUGAGGUGGCCUUCAGUAUGCAUUAGUCUAGUGCUUCUCAGUGAUCAAGAGCCGUUUUCCUUUAUUUUCAUAAUUCUGACAGUUGAUCUUCAUCAGAGCGUACCUUGGAAAAGAUACAAAGGAAAAUAAUUACACUCCAGCUGAGUGUACAAUAGAGGAAUCAGAAUUGUUAGAUCAAGUGAACAGGUAAUGGAAACAACUCCUGGAAAUCCAUGUUCUUCUCGUGUGCGAUAACGUUAUGUAACUUGUUAGGAACAUGAAACAUUUUAUGUGGACAAGAACUCUAUGAGACGAUUAAAAUCUGGUUCGUUGCAGAUUUGCCCUGGCUUCACACUUCAUGUGGGGUCUGUGGGGAGUUGUACAAGAGCGAUUGAACUCUGCCGGUAACGGAAUCCAAUUUAAUUAUUUGGUACGUUAACAUUUUACUUGGGAACAAAACCUUUGUUGCUCACUUCGCUAAGAUCCAAUUUAAUUCAUAUUUCCUUGUUUUUUUUAUUUUUUAUUUUUAGCUUUUGGGUGAGCUCCUGGUUGGGUUUGGUAAAAAAAGGAAAAAACAAUGGUAAAUCUGUCAAUCUAAACAAAGCGAGAAAAGCCAUUCAGUUAUAACGGGUUCUGCAAAUUGAUCUCGCUUGACCAGCGUCAGACAAAGAAUAAAUCUUCUGUAACAAUACGUAUCUCAGUGAUUGAGAUUUAAAUACUUUUGUUUGUUCUUUUGUCUCUAAGGAUUAUGGCUUGGCACGAUUCGAAGCUUAUCAUCAUCGCAAGAAAGAGUUAGGUCUCAUUUAAAGACCACCAUUAUCUGACAUAUAGAUUUAUAAGAAUGAUAUACUUCUAGCACCAAUUUACGUUUAGAAAAGUAAGUUAUAUGAAUACUCUAAGGAAGUUAUAAUAAUUUUCAAGAUCAAAAUUUUUUAUAAGAUUUACAGAAUUUGUUAAUGUGUGACUUUUUUCUUGUUCCCGUGUAUGUAGACAGUACAAAAAACGCUCUCAUUUCUAUACUUUUUAAUGCUUUUCUUGAAAUUAUGUUAAUAUACAUAUUUAAAAUUGAUUAUUGUACAUGGACAUACAAUAAGAAAGUAAUAUAUCAAUUAUAUUAAGAUUUCUACCUCAUAAAAAGGAUAAUGAGCGAUAUUUUAGUAGUUAAAAGAAUUUGGUCUCGAAAAGUAUCAAGGUUUUACAAUGUGAAAGUUUGGGCCGAUGGUAAUAUUCUAAUGACUAAAUUUUGCAUGCUUUGUCAAAUUUUGGUAUGAAUUUGUUAGAGUUGGAUCGUGUGAUGUGCGCGAGGGGUGGAAUGCAAUAGAAGUUAUAUUAAGGUUGUUUUAAAGAGAUUGUCGUAGUUAUAGAGGAGGUCAGGGAAAACAGAAAAAUUUCAAGGUGUCAGGGGUGAAGAAAUGGAGAGAUUCUUGUAAGUGAGUUUAUGAUUAAGAUGUGGAUGCAGAUGUUAUUUUGUGAUUUUCGUUUUGUCGCUCUAAAGGACCUAGUAUGGUCCAAGCGAAAACAAAGUAAUAGCCUUCCCUUAGUCAAACAAGAUAAAAGGUAAGAUUUCACCGAAAUCUCGGUAUAGCACGGGUCACACAAGAUCAAGCUGAGGGAAGAUUUUUUUUGUACUUGUAUAUCAAAUAAACAAGCUCUUACAAAAAUGUUAUUCGGGUUCUCCCUAAGUGUAUGACUCCAUGGCCGAAAUAAAGUCAACCAACCUUCCUUAAUUCUUUACUGCUUUUUAAUGUUAAUCAAACUAUUUUUCUGUUCUCAACUUGCCGUUAAUUCUCAUGCUAAUUUUGUACGUGCUCCUACACGUCCCCUAAUAGUAUUCCACCUCCUACCGGAUAAGGAGAAAUUUUGAGUCGAUUAUUUUCCUUCAAUACUUAUCACUCUCCCCUUUAAAACCAGCCAGGUUUAGGGUUUAGUAAAGCUAAAGUUGUGUACUUUUCAGGAUGUUAACUUUCUAUAUGGUAGGGGCCUUUGAACUGCUCAAGAUUAAAAAGAUAAAACUUGACAAAUUGUAUUUACUUCAUUGAAAACAUGAAUUAUUAUUUUCAUAGUGAUACUGUAAAGCUUUCUAAGACACAUCAAAGUUUCUUUUGGGGCUUUCCGUCGGUCAAAUAAUCCAACCUGAUGUCUCAGGAUAGCCACUAGUAUCUGAUUAACAAUUCGUUACAAUUUGUUUACGAAAAUGCGUCGGCAGCCUCCUCCUCGUGAGAGACAUGGAAUUUACGUGAACGGAUGUUUUCGUGAACAAUGUUCACAAGGAGUCACAUCCAUAUAUGUUUGAAAAAUUCAAAUUUUAAACACUUUUAGUUUCUUGCUUCCCAAACGAAACUGCCCUAGCUUCGGGUCAUGUUUCACUAGAUAAUUAGCAGAGAAAAAUAGCUUGCAUUCCGCCGGUCUGUUCAAAUUGCAUAUUAUGCAACACACAUUCCGUAAAUGAAUUGUUGACAAACUUUGCUACCGAAGAUGAGGUGAAACAAGACAGACUAUUUGAGCAGUCUGCUUUCACUAUAAACUUUGAAGUUUCACAAUUUUGCCAACAUAAGACAAGUUUCAAAGUUCGUAAGCCGGUCAGCAAAGCCUCGUUCCGCGUGACUUGCGGUUGAGCUUUUGUCGUGUUCGUGUCGUUGUUACUCAGUUCCCAACAGACUGAUCAGCACAUGAUUAAACAAAUUGAUCUUUGGAUGCAUCGCAAAUGCAAAACUAAAUGUGCAAAUCCAAACUCACUGCUUUUUACCGUGUUAAACUAUAACUUGAAGUUUAUCGGGGAUUUUUCUCGCGUUUAAUGUAUGAAGAGUUCCGUACAACAGGACUCCGUCAGUCGCAAUAUUCGUUAUUUUUGUUUUUGCCCUCCAGGACCAGGAGUUUGAGUUUAAAAUUUAUCAAUGGCAACUAAUGCGUCAUUCCGUCGGACUAAUUCUUCGGACUUUGGUUUUUUUGUUCCCAAGGACCUCAAGAGUCAAAGUCUAGCGAGGGAAAGACCAAUCACAAGAAGAAGAACAUCCUUAAAUCACGUGGACUGACAAAGAAAAACAAUUUGCGACUCCCUUAGCCAUGAAGUGUAUAAAAGGCAGUGAGAAUUUCAGACUUUCCUUCUCUCUUUCUCGUCUCCGUAACUGAAUUUCGUAAUAAAGCAAGCUUCCCGGCUCAUCGGUUUUUGGCGGGUAUUUCGUUAGGUAUAGUGAGGUAUAACUAGUCAAGGUGAAAAUUGACAUCAAAAUGUCCAACUUAACUGCCCAAGAGCUUGAUGUUAUGUUGAAAACACUGCGCGGAAACAUUGACCAACUGUUUCUGAUUGUCAUGGGAAUUCUUGUCUUUCGUGAGUAUAACUUGACUUUUUUUUAAGGUCGUGUGCUUAUUUGCAUACGUACCGUAAAAAAAAAAAAAAUGCGAGCUCCGCUUUUAGGCUUGGCUAAAUCUAUAUGUUAUAGGUUAAUGGUUAUGUUUGAGUGGCUCUGAGAUUUUUUAGUUCGUCUUCACAUGUAGAGUUGCGACUCUCUAUAGGAAUGUUCUUUUCUGAGAAAAGGCAGUUUUAAAAAACACCAACAAUUUUGAUAUUAGUGAGAAAGGGUUUCAACGUAGUUAGGAUAUGAGAAUGGAGGAAUAAGCGCUACAUCAAAGCCAAGUUGCAAGGGUCCGGAUAAUUUCGCGGUCUUCCAACCGUAAUUAUCAUAUUUAUUCAAAUGCUCUACUUUAACAGUCAUACCGGCAAGUUUUGACUGCAUUAAUCCUUCUCAAUCAAUACUCUGUGCCGUGACUUCGUCACGUGCUCUUACGGUUGUUUUGAUUCCUCUCACGUUAGUUGAGAAAACUUAUUUACUUUGAUUUGCGUUUAUUUGUUCAUAACUGAGGAACUCCAUUGCGGAAAUCAUCGACAUUUUUGAUACAGUUUCAAAGUUGGAAUGUUUUUUAAAGAGUUUUUAUCGAUCAGUUGGCCUAUCAUGAGAUAUUCAUUAUGUGCUCAAUGACCUUAAAUAAUUAGGGAGCUCCCUUUUAGACUGGUUUUUUACAGUCUUCUUUAUGAUAAUAACGAUCUUUGCUCAAUAACCUCAAGACGAAUGUCAAUAGUGCGCUCCAAACCAGAUCUUAUGUGCCAUUUUGUGAGAAGAAGGCAGCUGAAGUGAGAUGUAGGUGAAUUGUUCUUUGUGCAACAUAACGAACAGAGGUAUAACCCUAAGCAGGCAGAUCAUUUUGCAUGUCAACUGCGCACUUAAUACUGCCUUAUUGUCUACUCUCAUUGUUAGAGCUAAAUGAGCUGGCAUAUAAAUUAAAAACGUUUUAAACACCAAUUUUUGUUUAUAAUUCGUACCAAUCAAAUAUUUUACUAGCAGUUCAACCAUUAAAAAUAACUUUUGUCUACCUAAUAUUGAUACCUGGUAGUUUUCAUAUCAUCAAACUCGAACUGAAAUUUUUAUAAAUAUUUGGAAACCACCGCCUCGCAUCUCAACCCUAACUGGUUUCCUAUCGAGCAAUCUCAGUGUCAUUAAACUGCAUCCCAUGAAUAUCUCGAAUGUUUUCUCUAUGUUUACGGUUAGGCUCAUCAUAUAUCGGUUUGAGACAAAUUGGUGACUGUGCCUUCUUUAACGAGCUGGCCUCAACCAAAUUGUCGCAACAUCAUUUCUGUGUAACAUAGCGGCAAACGAAGUGCUAUUACAAAGGACUGAAACCGUUGCUGAAGCAUUGUCGGAUUCAAGUGAAUUAAGAUAAAAAAAACGCAAAAGAAUUAUAUAUGGGAACAAUUCAGACAGAAUAUUGGUAGAAGUUCUAAUUAUAAUCUAAACGACGAUGUUACCAGCUACAACUAAGCACUUUUUAUAUUGUUUUACUUGAUCUUUGACGCAUUGCCUUCUACAAACUCAAGUCGAUAUUGUUUGACGGGUGAAUAGCACGGGUAUAGCAAAGGCAAAACGUGACGAGUCAUGAAUAUCUCAGCAGUGCAAUCUCACCUUAUUUUGCCCAUGUCGUCACGGAGUAGAUAGGGGGCGACCACUAUUGCACACCUUUUUUUCCAACAUAACGAACAAAUGCUGUCUAUUUAUCGCUAUCAUCGCCGUUCAAGACCUGUCUUCUUGGGUUUUUUUUUUUUCACGCUGGGCUACACGCAGACAAAUUAUGAACAAAUAAAAACGUGAUGUUACUAUCCUCUCUGGGUAACCCCGCCUCCUCGCUCCUCGUUUUUUCAGUCAAGUUAAGGCCGUGAUUUCGAAACAAUAUUAAUUAUAACUGUGACAUAAGUUUGUUUUUAUUGACUGAGUUAAUAAUGUAAAUUGGCCACCGUAAAGAGUUUCUAAAGCUGAUGUUUUGAAAGUAAGCCCUUAGCCUCCAUAUCACUUAGAGGUUAGCUACAUACAAAAAUUCUACGGAUACUAGGAUUGACACCGGAUUACAACAAAUCUCGCUUUUAACAACCCAGCCGAGACGAUCACAAAUUCCUGAAACGGCCCAAAAAAUGCACCAUUAAGAUAGUUUAGUUUAGUAAUUCCUUAUGUUUUUCUACUGAGUAGCUUUUGGAACGAAACAAGGGAGAGAGAAUAUUUCGGCGUCCUUCGUUAAAAAACUAUCUUUGGAUUCUGUGGCAUUUUUUCUUGCAGUUAUGCAGGCAGGAUUUGCUUUUCUUGAAGUCGGUGCAGUAAGAUCGAAGAACACAACAAACAUCCUGCUCAAGAAUUUCUUGGACGCGUGUAAGUACAAAUGGUUAAUCACGUGCUGAUUAAUCCCUUCUACCAAUUCAGUUUCCAGUCCCUUACACGAAAGUAACGGAUUGCGUAGCAACAAUUGCUAUCACUGAUUAAAGAAUUAUCCCGGCAUUUGGCGUUAGUCAAGUUAUGCCUGCUAUUAAUUUUCUGUCUCGUUUCGAUUGUUACAGUUAUUGGUGCAGUGGCUUACUGGUUGUUUGGCUACGCCUUUGGGUUUGGAGAAAAAGGCAAUGGCUUCAUUGGAUACAGCUAUUUCGCGCUGGCAGAUUUACCAGCUGACAAAUUCUCCCAUUGGUUUUUUCAUUACGUUUUUGCGGCUUCGACAGCAACGAUUGUCAGCGGUUCUUUAGCAGAGAGAACUGAGUUUAAGGCUUAUCUGAUGUACUCUGUGUUUUUGACAGGUAAGUUAUCCUCAGAUGAAAGGCAAUCAUUCGAAAAAGUCAGUUCUUACUGAUUAAUAAUUCCUAAUAUAUUGACUACGUGUAUUUUAACUCUUGUGGUUUAAUUGUCUUUAUGUAAAUACUAAUUCCCUCAUCAGUUCACUUGUAUUGAAUUUACAACAAUGAAGUGCUCGCUCUCUUGCAGGUUUUUUGUAUCCAGUAGUAAGUCACUGGGCUUGGGAUGUAAAUGGUUGGCUGUUCAUUGGUGCGGAGUACACGAAAGACAAUGUUACAAGAACCGUUACAUUCCAGGUAAUAUGACUGUUAUACACCACGUAACAUGACUGUUAUAUACCAGGUAAUAUGAAUGUUAUAUACCAGGUAUUAUUAAUGUUAUAUACUAGGUAAUAUGACUGUUACAUACCAAGUAAUAUGUCUGUCACAUACCACGUAACAUGACUGUUAUAUACCAUGUAAUAUGAAAGUUAUAUACCUGGUAAUAUGAUGCUAUUCGUGGAUCACCAAAUUUCCGUACUAGUUUACUUUACUGUAAAAUGCUUUACGUUUCUGAGGGGAAUAAAUUAUUUGAUAAUGAUGCCAUGUUAAACAAGUGUCGGCAAUCUUCGCGAACGUCUAUUUAGACUCUUUUUUCAAGGUCAAGGACUCCGCUGAGUGGCUCAAAGUUUUACUGCACCUUGUAAGCCAGUGUUCCAGAUGAAAAGGGUUAACUUUGAGAUACUUGAGAUACAAAGUCAAUAUACCUAUUUUUGUACAUAUUUGCGACUCGUUCUGUACAUCUCAUUGAAAAUAUUGAUAGUUUUGUUAUACUUUUUAUGGUAGGACUUUGCUGGAAGUGGAGCUGUUCACACUGUUAGUGGCUUGGUUGCCUUGGUCGGGGCAGCCAUUGUUGGACCAAGAAUCGGAAGAUUUGUCAAUGGUGUCCCUAUGCCACUGAAAGGCCAUACUGUUCCUGUAAGUAUUCAACCUGAUAUUAUUUGCCAUUACCUGGCCUAGAAAAUGCAGAUAGAUGCUGGCGCCUUCAUUUUGCAGGGAGCUGAAAGAUUUAAAAAAUCAUUUUUGUUACACUUGUAGAAAGCAGCUUUGGGAGGAUUCAUCCUGUUCUUUGGUUUCCUGGCAUUCAAUGGCGGCUCUAAUGCAGCCAUUGCUGGUGAGGGCGCUGCCAAUGAUGUGUCACUGGUAAUUGUCAACACUGUCAUUGGAGGUAAAUGUCAAUAGCAUCACAUUUAAAAUGUGUUUUCUUUACCAAUUCUUCUGUGAUUUGUGAUAUGAAUUAAAUAAAUCGAUCAGGUCAUCCGUCAAUUUUUAGGAGCUGCAGGUGCACUGACUUCCUUGAUCAUCAAACGUCUGGGCUUUGCAGAAAAACACUGGAGUCUGUUAUUCACCAUGAACGGUGGAUUUACUGGAAUGGUAAGAAAAGUACUUUCGAUCUGAUGAGUCAUGUUUUGGGCUUGAAAAUCGGCGAACACGAUCAUCAGUCACACUGCUGCGAUCAUGUGUAUCGGAUUCCAGUUCUGGUUAGUGUCAUUUCUCAACCCCCCCCCCCUCACAAUUGAUCCCAGUUCGGUAAUACCCAAUUACCCUUUUGACCCUGGGCAGAGCUAGAAGCCGGAGUCCAACGAGCUGAAUAUUAGUCCACUGCAUUUCCCUGAAAACUUCUCCUAUUCAUAAAAUCUGUGGUAAAUACAGACCUCUUAUGCACUUAGUUCUAACUUUGGUUUUUCAAAACAGGUUUCCCAGUGUUCAGGCUGUAAUACCUUUCAUCCUUAUGCUGCUUUUGUCAUUGGCAUUGUCGGAGGAAUCACUUACGUUGCUUGGAGUAUUGCUAUGCUGCGUUUUCAGAUUGACGAUCCCUUGGAUGCUGUGGCUGGUAAGUAAGAGAAAUUGAACAACAUCAAACUAUGAGAGGAUCAAGCCAUGCAAAAGACAGAAGAGAUCUCCCUUAAACAACUUCAGACUCAAGGUGUAAGUUGUUACGGGAAUUAUCGGUGACGUACACCUUACGUGUUGCUUGCAUGUUUCGACGGAUUACGAAUGUGAUGCUUCGUGAAAAGUUUACUCAAGCAAGACUUACGAAACAGGGUUGGUUAGUUCCAGUUUUGAGAGUGUUCUUCGAUUCAGUGUCGUAAAACCCCAACCGAAGUACUAACGACGGCCAAAUGAAGUCCGAGAUUGAUCGCAACUGGCUUUAGUUUUGACCUGGAGUGGUUAAAAAAGAUGCCAUAGUUUCCAAACAAAUCACAGCGUGAGACUCCUUUUCUUGAUUUAAGGAGAAAAAAACUUAUUAGUCGCUUUCUUUAUUCUCUAUAGUUCAUCUUGGCGGUGGUAUUUGGGGAGUGCUAGCAGCCCCCAUCUUUAACAUGAAAACUGGCAUCUUUUAUGCCAGGGACAACCAUUCAUUCCGUUUGUUUGGCUGGAACGUGCUGGGUUUAGUUGUCAUCAUGGCCUGGUGCGCAGUUCUGGCUUUCUCAUUUUUCUUUCUUUUGAGACUUCUCGGACAGCUUCGUGUAAGCAAAGAAGUCGAGAUAAAAGGUAGGUAACAUAGUAAAUGUCCAGUGACCUUUGAACCCUGGUACUUCUCCUGUUCAAAGAUCUCACAUGGUCUGUUUACUUCUAGCGUGUACGCAUUCUCACACAGAUACUCUGGCACCUCAGUCUUAACCGCUACAUGCUCCAUCCUCUCUGAGGAUCUACUUAGACUAGAAACAUCUGAAAAGAAAAGUUCUGAAAGGAUGUUUACAUACCUCUUGCAUUUUUUAGGUCUGAUAAAUUUGUCUAAUUCUAUAAAUGUUAAAAAGGCAAAGAUGGCGGUUUGGGCCUGCAAUCUACUUUUGCUAAAGCAACAUCAGUUUCCGAUAGAACUGUCAUGGAAUUGACAGAGUCUCCAUCGCAGUUGUUCUUUGGGAUGGCGUGCAUCUUACCCUCAUCGUGACAUCCAUAAGAACAAUUUCAAGCGAUUCUAUAACUAAUAGACUGAUACUUGAUUUGUGAUAGGACUUGACAUACCUAAACACGGUGAGCCUGCCUACCCAGUGGAAAGUUACGGGAACGGCUGGGAAAUACCGUCAGAAGAAAGAAAGAUUCCCUUCCCAUUUUAUCAGACCUCCAUUACUACUUUCGUUAACGUCAUUCCUACCAAGAAUGGUCAAAGUAAAGAGCCUGCUAUGCAGCAUGGUCAACCAGGACAAGCCAUAUACCAGAACGAACAGCCCAAAGUAAAUCAUUCCCAGAUUCCUCUCGACCUGCCAGACAAGGAUACCUCCCUAGAAAAUCCCGGUCGUAAACCAAGUGUAGAGGCCACCGACGAACACACUUACGGGAACAUGGAUACAGCCUUUUAA